AACCGUGAGGGUAAUCCAACAUCAUCGCGUUUACCAAAAAAUCGACAUGGGUAGGAUAGCUUACGCAGAAGAACAUCUCCAAGAGUAUCUCAGUUUGCUGGACGUCUACAGCGUGGGAUUAAUUUUGGGACAGAGUACAGAACAAAAAGAUUAUGUGGUUCAUUUGGCCAGAACUUUGCCAGCUUCAAAUAAUAAAGUUGUUGAAGAAAAUCUCAUAAAAACAACACACGCUGUACAAAACACUGCCAAAAGCGAGAUAAAGUCCAUCUCAGAUGUUGAUGUAAAUUUGGUAGCUGAUCAUGCAAAACAUGUUACCAGAAUGCUACCAGGUGGUAUGCAGAUUUUAGGAAUAUUCAUCGUCAGCCCUGAUAACUGUUUCAGCGAAAACUCUUGCAUACAAAAACUCAGAUCAGUCUUGUCCGGUAUUCACAAGACUCUUGCAUUAAAUGAUUAUUUAUUUGGCAAUAGCAAUCAUGAACAUCUGAUACUGAACUUUAACACUUCCACAAAGCAAUAUAUUUGCAAGUCGGUCGAAACAAGUACAGGCGGCAUAUUGAAACCAGCUGAUUGGAAGUUUCAAAAAAAAGUCACAAAAUGGCACCACCUUGAAUCUACACUCGAUUUGGAUUACUUAAUUCCAAUUCUAGAUGAAAUACACCCACACACUUUGAAAAGACAACUACAGGAAGUGAUAAAAAUAAUAUCAGACAUGGUAAAAACUGCCUUAAUAAUAAUCGAAGGUGAGCCAAGAUCACCUAAAGAUUUGUUGGAGGCGAUAAUUAGAAAAAAGAAAAAUGAGAAACAUAAUGAAGAAGAAAAGGAAAAAGUUUUGCAUUUUGGGGUAUACUUGCCUUGUGAUUUAAAUAUUGACAAAGAAAAUGUCAGAAUCACAUCAUGUGGUGCCUCCAUGAGAUUAGUUGGUCAGCUCACUAGUAGAACAGCUGUUUAUCAAAAAGCAAGCAUAGAAGAGGCAACAAAUGCUAUAAAACAAGACAUUCUUCGAUCUCUUUACAGCAGAUUAGAAUUGCAUUGGGACAGUAUUAUAGAAGACGAAAACGGAUCACCAGAAGAAAAUGUCACAUUGCACGAACCGCCGCGUCGAGUUUUUGUAGAACUACCACAUAACAAAGUAAUGCUAUCCGACUACUUGUUUCCUGGUGAAGGACCUCAAGAGUCCUUAAUCGUCUUAAAGGAAUUAUUGGAUCUCGACGUUCAAGAGAACGAAAUUCAAAAAGAUGCCGAGCAACAAGUUGAUCCAUCAAAUCCACUCUUGUUUUCUCAAAGUGAAGUAAAAGCGACUCCAGUGGAGCCUGGCAAAGAAACUGCGACUAGUAAUCAGUUCACAUUAUAUGUGGUGGGUGUCAUAGCACUUGUCAUCGCGUUUGUAGGUAUUUUAUUGCACUGGUUGAACUCGCAGUAACAAUAUUACGAAUUGGUCUAUCUGUAUCUGUAAUUGUUGAAUUGUUGAGUCUAUAUAUGAAAACCCCCAAAGUUCGAUCCCAGUUUUUGACAAUUGCUGAGUGCUAUUUUAAUGCAUUUUUUAAUACUUUUACCGGUGUUCUUACCAAAACGGUA